GCCUGGGCCUCGGCAGCUUCCUCUCUUGGGUGCUGCUUCCGCUGCUGAGCCGCCCGGCCCGGGGCUCCCCACACCCUGAGGCUGGGCUUUCAGGGCUUCGUUCCCAGGCCACAGACGCUCUCUGGACUGAUUUCUCGUUUGGAUCCAGCCCAAGCGAAGAUUUCGGCAGCCAGAGGUUGAUGCUGUAGAGGCAACUAUGGGAUGGAUUUGAGGAAGAGACACCUCCCCCGGGCCGCUCGGUGAAUGGCAGCCAUCAAAGGGGCUGUGGGCUGAGGAUUUCCUCAUCGGCCCGCCCAGCCCAGAUGUGGGCCAGGUGGUCCCAGCGGCAAGGGCUGGGGCUUGUGUGUUAGAGCCCGGAAGCCCCCGGGCUGCUCCAACCAUCCCCAUGUCUCUCGCCAUGAAAGCCCGGCAGAAGGUGAAACGGAAAGGAGCAGCCAAGGACCGGGUCUUUGGGUGUGACCUGCUGGAGCACCUCCAACAUUCUGGCCAGGAAGUCCCCCAGGUGCUGAGAAGCUGCACGGAGUUCGUCGAGCAGCACGGCAUCGUGGAUGGGAUCUACAGGCUCUCCGGGGUCUCCUCAAACAUCCAGAAGCUGAGGCAGGAGUUUGACAGCGACCGCUGCCCGGAUCUCAACAAAGAUGUGUACCUGCAGGACAUCCACUGCGUCAGCUCCCUCUGCAAAGCCUACUUCCGGGAGCUCCCCAACCCCCUGCUCACCUACCAGCUCUACGACAAGUUUGCUGAUGCUGUGGCCAUCCAGAUGGAGGAGGGACGGCUGGUGAAAAUCAAAGAGGUGCUGAAGGAGCUUCCAUCCCCACACUACAGGACCCUGGAGUUUCUGAUGAGACAUCUGGUUCACAUGGCUUCCUACAGCUCCCAGACCAACAUGCACGCCAGGAACCUGGCCAUCGUCUGGGCGCCCAACCUGCUCAGAUCUAAGGACAUCGAGGCCUCUGGGUUCAAUGGCACGGCUGCCUUCAUGGAGGUGCGGGUGCAGUCCAUCGUCGUGGAGUUCAUCCUCAACCACGUGGAGCAGCUCUUCAGAGACGCCCCUCUCUGUGGAAGUGACCGCGAGAACCUCCGGAAAUCUCUCCUCCUGUCCGGCUUGGGGUUGCCAGGAGUCCACCCCGACAGCCAGACCAUGUCCUACAACUUGCCCGCCAUGUUGAACCAGGGAGACGGCCCACCACAGAUCCGCCCCUACCACACCAUCAUCGAGCUCAACGACCACAAAAGAAAAGGCUCCUUGAAGGUAAAGAAAUGGAGGUCGAUCUUCAACCUGGGCAGAUCCAGCAAUGACUCCAAACGCAAGCUGGCCAAGGCAGAGGAGAAAGACGACAAAUCCACUAAAAUGAGCUUGCGGCCGGCCAAAAGCAUGGACUCCCUCAGCUCUGUGCCGGACACUAACGAUGACAAUGCCAGGCUGGGCAGGAAGAGAUCACAGAAACAGGCCCCCCAGCGCCGUGAGAGUUUCGACAGCCCUUCCUCCCGGGAGGAGAGCUUUCUGGAGUCGGACGAGUACCCUGAUGGGAAAUUCCAGGGCGAGGAGGGGCAGCAAACAUUCGAGUCUGAGAGCGAAGCCAGCGCCAAAUCAGAGCCCACGACCCCCAAGGCCGGCCGGGCCUCGCUGGUGGGGGGUGCCCCUCAGGGCCGCUCGCCCAUGACUGCGCGGAACCGGGCAGAGAAGUGUGCUGGGGUCCAUAUCUCCGUCCCCUUCUCGGUCACUGUCCCCUUCCACAUCACCUCCAACAUCUCCCUGUCCCGCCUGACCCGGGGGCUGGAGUGCCCGGCCCUGAGCUAUAGCCCCUUAGACAAGGAGGCUCUGGAGAGAUCGUCCAAGGAGCUAGAAGUAGAGGAGGGGCUGGGGGCUAAGACCCCCCUCCCCGAGGAAGAUCACGUGGCAGAUACAAAGCCGGUGAGUGCUCUGGACUCAGAGGAGAACAGGCUGUCCAUGGAGGUGCAGGACUCCUUCUCAUUUCUCGACAACCAGGAUACCUGGCAGGACUGUGGCACAGAAGGCGACCAGCCAGAGAAGAGCUUGCUGGAAGAGACCACCUCCGAUUUUGCUGGGGACAUGCUGGAGGGCUUCCAAGGAAUGGAUGACGACAUGGAGAGCAGGUUCAUGAAUCUGGAGUUCUCGGUGGAGCCGCCCCCGGAGUACCUCUCCAUCGAGGAGUGCAUGAACGAGGAGCAGUACUACAUGGCCACCAGCUGCUCCGACACCGAGGAGCUCUCCAAGGAGACAGACUCCGAGGAGGUAUUCCUGAGUGCCUAUGAUGACCUGAGCCCCUUAGCUCCUGACCUAGAGAAGUUGCGACAGCUCGGUGCGGAGCAUGGGUGGGAUGUGCCUCUCCCAGAGGGGGCGCUGGGUGGCGAAAUGGCUCAAGAGAUGCUGAGCAACCAGCCCCCAGGACCUGUUGAGGAAGGGCCAUUAGCUAGCGACACCAACGGCUCCUCUUUGACCAAAGAAGGCAGCAGCACCAAGGUGCCUCUGCCAGACGGCCCUCGUGCUCCAGAACUAGCCACACCACAUGGGAGCAAGGCAGCCGCCGAAGAGCCCCACAGCGCCCUUCGCCAGCCAGAGGGGCUUGAAGGGGACGGGGCUGAGGGAGGGGCUGUGGAGCCCAGCCCAGCCAUCCAGCGAGAAGAAGACAUAAAGAUCACAGGGGGCGAUGGUCUGGAAGCAGGCCCUGGCCCACCCAGAACUAAGCCCACCACUGAUGUAGUGCCAGUGCAGGAGCACCAGGGCACAUGGGCUCCGGAGAGUGAAGGCCACGGAGCCCAAGCCAGCCAUGCCGGAGAUGAGCAAGUGCAGGCCCCGAGGUUAAGGGAGGCAGAGCUGGCUCUGUGUGCUCAGAGCCAUGAGGCCAACAGACGUGCCCCAGAGGAAGUGAGAGCGCAGGAGAGUCAAGGGGGCUCGGUUCCUCCCAUGCUAGAGACCAAACAGCCAGAGAGUAGAAAGGACCCACCUCAGCCUCUUGAAAUGAAGACCGCACCUACCCUCUCACUGGGAUCAGGGCUCGAGCCCCCUGUUGUCCCCAUAUGUGAGAGUGGCCCCAUGUCCACUGCCCCCUUUCUAGAGACAGACCUCGAGACCACCGCUGUCCCCCUGGAUCAGAGUGGUCCCCAGGCCUCCAUCUCCUUGCUAGGGACAGGCCAUGAAGCCCCCACCGCCCCUGGAUAUGAGAGCGGCCCCGAGGCUGCUUCUUUGCUUGAGACUAGCUCGGAUCUUGCAUCCUGGUCUGAUGCUUCCCUGUCGCUGGGGAGUGGCCCCACAAGCCUUCCCCUGGAAUCUGGGCCACUGAAGCCCGUACACCUUCCCGUUCUCCCCGAGCCUGACACGCUGGCUGGGGUGCGCCCCAACGGCAGUGCCCCCAUGAGAGUCACUUCCAGCACUGUUCGAGUCCAGCAGGUGAAAUCCGUCCCCAUAGUGCCCCCCAAGCCCCAGUUUGCCAGGAUGCCUCCUACCGUGAAGAUGAAGAUGCACCUGGGUGAAGCAUCCACGUGGCCCAAGCUCUCUGCUUCAGAGAAGAGCUCUGGCAGUGGGGAGACCAGCCUGGGGAAGGGGGCCUCUCUCCAGAGGCAGUCGCACCCUGUCAGCCUGGGUGUGUCCUGCCAAGUCGCAGAGGUCACAGAGUCGAACGAGGAGUGUUCCCCGCCCGGCCCUGUGGAGAAGUGUCCCAGCAGCACAAAGAGCCAUGAGCUCCCCGAGACUUCCCUCCAGAAGCAGAGGCAAGCCAGCUGGCGUAACGGCGGCAGCAUGUCUUUCGACACGGCAGUGGCCCUGGCCAAGGAGAGGCACUUGGCCCAGGCCCCGGUUCGGAGGAUGCAGACCUAUUGCGUGGGGGAUGGUCGGGAGAUGCACGGCAUUCCCAAGGUGGAGAAGCCCCUGCCGUUCCCCAGGCCUGCCCUAAAGCCUGUGGGCCAGCGCUCCCUGAGGCCGCUGAGCUGCACUGUUGCGCUAUUAUCUCCAGACGCCCCGGCUAUGGCCAUGCACCCACCCCUGCCUGACACGGCCUGCGAACCACGCCUGGUGCCUGGCCAGGAGCCGCUGCCCUUCGCCCAGGAGCCCACAGCAAGGAGCAGGCUGAGCAUGCCUAGGCUUGGCCAGCGACCGUCAGACGUGGAAGAGGCAGUGGGGCCUCUCCCGCAGCUGCGGCGGUCGCUGGCUUUUGAAAUCAGGGACUGUGGAGGGUCGGAGUUGUGAGGGAGCGGCGGGGACAGUUCCAUGCUCAUUGACUGGUGGGCUGCCAAAUCUCAACCAACAUGGGUUACUGCCUUAACGCACCAUCCUGCACCCGCUGUUCCGAGUCCAGUCCUGCUACGGGUGGCUGGCACCGGACGACUGGGGCUGGGAGGGUUGGGUUGUGCAGCAGGAAGAAACAUCGUAUGGUUCGGGGAGAGGGUCUGCUUUCCAGGAGCAGCCUCUCCGAACUGCCAUGGGCCACAUGAGUCCCAGCCUCAGCCAGAGCUAACGCUGUUCAGACACGAUCGUUGAGCCAGCCAUUCCCUCCGCGUCUCCUCCAGAAUAGUGAUGUUCAUCUUCCGUGCAGACGAGAACAAUGUCUGCUCCAGCCAGCUAGAUCCACUUCCACCAGGGCUGAACCUGGCCCAGCUUGGCAUUGGGUGGGUGGGGAAAGCCAUGGGGCUGGUGCUCCUGUGAAUAAUUCGAGGCUGGAUUCUCCAACGUGCUGAGAACUCACAAAACCCACUGGGAGCGGCAGAGGGCCAGCACCUUUGAGUGAGGUCACCAGUUCCUAUCUCCAUCCCCGGCUGAGGGAACGCCAGCCCUGGAGACCAGGGGGUCAUGAUUUUUAAAACAAGAGCAGCGGAGGGUCUCUCCAGAGACUGCCCUGGGCUGAAAAACCACAGCAAUCUUGCUCCCAGCUCCCCCACCCCUUUGCAGUCAUCUCCUCUUUUGCUUUUAGGAAAUAAACAGGUCAAGAAAGUUUCCUCUCUCUUGAAUUCAGCCCCAGGACUUUCCCCUGCCUCCUGUUAGUCUGCAGCCCUUAGCCACAGGGACCGGCCUGCUAGGUCACAGAACCUUUCAUUGCUAAACUUGCAGCCCACCCGGGUGGGUUGUAACUUAACAGCAGCUGCUGAUGGUUGUUCCUGAAACAAUGUAGGACAAUCAGCUGUUUAUAGCCAGCUUCUUGUAAUUUCAGAGAAACCGCUGGCACUGCUUAUUUGUGGUCGCCAGGCUCAACAGAGAGGCCAAAGAAUGAACCAGCCAUCGGUGGCUGGGCUCCUUUCUGAUGCUCCUCCAGGGCACGGUUAGCACAUACAUAGGAGAUCUUGCACCUCUGCAGCCCAGCCUGUCCCUUUUCUCUGGGCAGAUAGCAGGUGUCUGUGCAGGGACACUGCCUAAAUCCCUAGAAAAUCUACUGUAGGAAGUGAGCCUGAAUCAGCUGGUUGCUGGGCUAGGUGGGACAUAGAGUCCAUGGCCACCUCUAACGUCCAUCCUUCUGCUGCCUGUCAUUUAUGAAUGUGGCAGCUGAGUCCUUGGGUUUCCACUCACUUUUCUCUCCAUGUUGCUCCAUUAGUAAUCUUAUUUCAUUGGUCUCUUUGGGUUCUCCAGUCUCUUGUUAAUCUGAGAUGGCAGCUGGGUUGGGUAUGACAACGACUUGUAGCUACCGUACCCUAUCACGGGAUAAUAAAAAUAGUUUGGAAAAAAUCUGCGCAGUUGUGGUGAUGGCUUUUAAAACGAGAUCCUCUGGCCCUGUGCUGCUGAGUCCUCCUGAAUGGGCAAUCCAGAGACGCCACGCCAGAGCAGGGCACCGCGAGUGCUUGGGUUGAACUGGGCCGAACGGGGUCAUGUCAUGCCUUGCCGAUACAGUGCAGAAAGGGCUCAUGUCACUUUAAAGGGUGUGGAAAUGAAAUGAGUUCAAAAGGCGAGGCCAGUGGCACUGCCAGCUAGGCCUUCUGUGGACAAAGAGCUGGGUUCAAAUCCUGUCUGAUUUGAAAAUGUGUGUGCAUUGAGGUAGGGGGGUGCACUCCCCACGUCCAACCUAGUAAGAGCUGGGGCCUUCAUCCCCAUUGGCUUGCCUCACCAAAACCACUCAGGCCCUGAUCCUGCAAGGAGCUCCACAUGCCCAGCUCCCUGUGCUGAGCCUGUUGAUUCAAUGGGACUCUGCAUGGGCACAGGGGCCUGCCCACCUGGAGCCAUUGCAGGAUCAGGGCCAAUGCUUGGUCUCAUUGGGCUGAAGCGCUCAUGGGAUAGCCAGACUGGAGUAGCAAGGAAUGGCACAGGCCAGGCAGUAGGUGUUUCUGCUGAGCUGGUUGGACAGGAGCUAGGCUCACUGAAGGUUCCACAGCAGCAGAACUACGUGAAGCCCCGGACUGGAAUAGGUGAGGACAGUGGGGCAGGAGUGAGGUUUUAAAAAUAACGGGCCUGAUUCUCAUUUCCUUCUGCCUGAUUCUCAUUUCCUGUUCCCCCUCCUCUGGCAGUGCCCAGGAGUCUUAAGGCGAAGGGGAAAGAUGAUUAGAGUUAGACAAAAAAAUUUAAAAGAAGCCCUGUCCAAGGCUCUAGUCAUCCCUGCUAUAAUUGAGAAAAUUGAGGGAUAGCUCAGUGGUUUGAGCAUUAGCCUGCUAAACUAAGGGUUGUGACUUCAAUCCGUGAGGGGGCCAUUUAGGGAUCUGGGGCAAAAAUCUGUCUGGGGAUUGGUCCUGCUUUGAGCAGGGGAUUGGACUAGCUGACCUCCUGAGGUCCCUUCCAACCUGAUAUUCUAUGAGAUCACCCCGCCGCCCUUGCCUGAUGUCUCACCCACCCCCCCCCCCCCCCCCGUGUAGCAGCUGGUGUAAACAGAUGUGUCCUGCAGUAGGCCCUGAAGGCCAAUAGACCUGGGCUAUUUCAGGCCAGUGGCGAAGGCUGGGAUCGCAGCUGCAGCAGGAUGGUCUCUCUGGCAGCAAAGUCCCAGCCCCGCUGAGGCUUUAUCGACCAAACUCAGCAGGCUCAGAUUCAGUCUAGACGCCAAUCAGCGCAGAUCACAUUGCACCAGUGACUUGCUGCUUAGGGAGCCAGGUGCCGCAUUCUGCACUUGCUUGACUCUCCAGAUGGGCCCCAGGCAUGGCCCCGUGGAGAUCACAUUGCAGCAACGCAGGCUCAUGCUGGCCAAACCACGGAUUAUGCUCGUGGCCCCCACACCUGGAAGAAACGGCUGCAAUCUCCUGGCCAGGUGCAGAGAGGAAAAACACUCCUGGGUCUUGCUGCUAUCAGAUCAUCCCGCUGCGGCUGAAGAUCCACUACGACCCCCAGAUUGCGAACAUCAGGUCCCAGGCGUUGGGCACAUGCCCCCAGUCAGAGUGGGAGAUACUAGCCUUGCUUUCCCAUCUAGUUGCUUUCCCUGUCCUACCUGCAUCACCUCAGUCUGAUCUGGAUUGAGCUUCAGCCAGCUCGCCCUCAUCUCUCUGAUUCCCUGGGCUAGACAGCUAAUAGCACUGGCUGAAUCAAAUACUGAGCAUCCUGAAGGCACUGCAGCCCAUGCCUCCUUCCUAGCCCUUCCCAUGGCCCCACAUUCCUACUGAACAGGAGGGCAGACAAAAUGCACCUCUGCAGAACCUCCCAUGAGGUGAAGAGAAUUCAGCCCAGAAACAGGAACAGAGCCACCGACGAGCAGCAUUGUCUAUCCCUGCUGCAGUGUAACAUACACCUGCUUUAAGGGCCUGCCACAGUGGAGUAAAAGGGCAUUGGUAUAAAUGAGAAUCAGACCCUACCUCGGUACUUGGGUCUGGAUUUUAGGAGGGGUCCUUACUGGAGCAGGACGAAUAUGAGGGGGAGAUAAUAAAUUUGCUGAAAAGUGCAUUUUUUCAGGGCACCAAACCUAUGAAUGAAUUCAGGGCAAACUGGGCAAAGAGGUUUGACAAAAGGAAAACAAAAAUCAAAGAAGCGGAAACCGUUCCUAUGGAAAGGCACCAUUUCAACUUUUUGUUUCAAGGGAGGGUUUCAUUUAGCUGAUUUAUUUCCUAAAACGAAAACAACAAAAAGGGUGAAAACUAUCUGAAACGACCUGACACACCAAAUACCGACAACAGUUAUUUCAGGUCAAAUCAAACAAACCAACAAUUUAUUUUGCUUUGGUGAGAAAAAAUAAAAAUCUUCAGUUUUGGUUCAA